ACAGUGAUCCUAUAGAGCCUCUGCCAUGGUAGACCACCUUCAAGUUCAGCAGCAACAACAACAGUUGGAGCUUCCAAUGGGGUUCAGGUUCCACCCUACUGAUGAGGAGAUCAUCACCUCCUACCUUGCCCCUAAGAUUCUCAACCCAGCAUUCGACGCCACAGCGAUCGGUGAGGUGGACCUGAACAAGAACGAGCCAUGGGAACUUCCCAAGAAGGCCAAGAUGGGGGAGAACGAGUGGUACUUUUACUGCCAGAAGGACCGCAAGUACCCCACCGGAAUACGAACCAACCGAGCCACAAAGGCUGGCUACUGGAAGACCACGGGUAAGGACAAGGAGAUCGUCAAUCCACAUUGCACGUCCAUGCUCAUCGGCAUGAAGAAGACAUUGGUGUUCUACAAGGGCAGAGCUCCCAGUGGGGAGAAGACCAACUGGGUCAUGCACGAGUACAGGCUCAAGAUCAACAAGCAGUCAACAACCAGCCUGCCCAGUGCCAUAGGAAAUGCUGCUUCUAUUAACAUGUCUUCCAAGGAGUAUGUGGUUUGCAGGAUCUUCCAUAAGAACGCUGGAAGUAGGCUUUCAUCCAUGGUGUCACAUGAGGGCAACGGUGGUGCAACACCCACCGACAAGAUCUGGUCGAUGAGCAUGGGUACAGAUGGGGCAUGUUGAAGUAUUGAUAAUCAGAUGAUCCAAGACAACAUAUAUAUGUGUGUGGGCAUUAAUUAGUCAUCCAUCAGAAGAUCCAUCGAUAUAUACCAACAUCUAUAUUGGUUUGCAGCGCAUUUUAUUUUUAGAGAGUUUGCAUGCACCACAUCAGAAGAUCGGUCGAUAUAUACCAACAUCUAUAUUGGUUGGCUCGUUUGGCUUGCCGCUCUUGUGCUAGUGUUGUGUGUAUGUGUAUCGGCUUGUACAUGCACCACAUAUCGGUGUAUACCUAGCUACAUUUGCAUUGUAAACUUCCUAGGAGUGUACACCAUGCAUGUUUUAAUCCUAUAUUGAAUAUACUAAUUUGUUAAAUUA